AUGCCUGGUCACGUACCACAGAUGCAAAAGCUCUUUCAGAAUGCAAAGGCAACUUUCAGAUUAGACGUCCGAUUUGCUGCUUCCCCUGUAGGCUCAAUUGACGCCAGGCUUCCCACAAAUGUCGAAGUGGCCAGUCAUCAAGACUCAACAACUUCGGGGUCAUCUUUAGGGACACAGCCGCAGAGUGUUAGUACUCCUUCCAAAGACUGGAGAUAUUCAACGGCUCCUGGAUUUCUUGCAGAGUUUGAGCUGGACGUUCGAGAACCCUUUCCAGAAAGAUCUCCGCAGUUACCGACACUUCGCUCAGUCGAUGCAGACCAAAAUCAGGUGUUGGUGCCAGAACCAUUGAGCAGUGGCUUCUCAACCCCAGUCAACUCCAAAGCUCUUCCGCCAACAGAGACUGGGAAGAGCAGUUCUCCACCAUGUUUCGAUAUUGAAUGCCCAAACCAUGUCAUUAAACAGUCUAUGGACAUUGUACUGCAGGAUGUAACGACUGGAGAUAUCUUGAGCCCCGACGAUUUGCAGCAGCCACUGGAAAAUCUGAAUGUGGGCAAUGACCCCGUGAUGGCCAUGGCUACAACAGACAACUCUCCUACUGCUAUUGUCAUGAGAAGUCACCAAACGGGCUUUCAAGAUCCAGAUCCGGAACCAGAAGCGAAAUCACACGACACCAUCAGCUUAUCAGAAUCCGCAAAGGCUGCUGCAACCUCCGCAAAGGUCAAGCGUCGGAUAUUGACCGAACUCUUUCCCAAACCUCCAACCCACACGAAUAGCCCAAUAUCACCAGUAUCUUCCACAUCACACCCUUCAAAGAGUGAGCCCACUUCAUGUCCAGCUCCAUUACUGCAUCAACGUGGACCGGCCGUCAUAUGCCCAGACCCGACUCUUCACUUCAGACCAAAUAGGCCUAGCUUUCAACAAGAGGAGCACCCAGACUACCCACACCAAUUGCAUACCAACUUCUUCAGAGAACAUGCCGGAGCCUAUCAUCGCGCAACCGACACCGGGAGUCCAAUGCCUCUACUCAAAGCCAGAGCUUCGACGGAAUCACCCAGAGAGAUGAGGCGUCAGUCUCAUGAAACCUUGCGAUUCCAACGACACCUGCAUGACUCUCGAGUCUAUCGUCAGCAGCUUGACCACGGUGUUCGACCACGUCCGAGUACAGCAGAUGAGCAUUUUCAACCUGGAUGGUACUAUAACAACGAAGUCUCCCCACCUCAGAUAAGCUACGGCCCAGAACUUUACUCUUUCUCUACUGCGGCCGCCAAAGUGAUUGGUCAAGACCCUGCCCCCGAUUCACGAAUUCGAGAUUCUUACAGGACUGACACCCUGACACCACUCGCGAAACCACCACAUCGAUUCAGGAAGAAUGGCAUUCUGGCUCUUGCCAGUUCACGAGGGGUGGGAAAGUAUUACGGAGGUCCAAUGUACCAACCCAGAGCCAGUUCCCGUCACAUGCAUUUCAGUGCCACCCCUCCACCUGAUGAUGUACGAUUCCGAAGCAGUCCACCCAGAUCAUAUUCUGCUUCUAUGCAUGGUGGGCCUACUCGAAAACGGAUCAGAGAUGCCGAAGCAAGGCGAGUUGAAAUCUUUGAAGAUGAUCCGAUCACUGAAGAGGAGGAGAUUGAGAUUGACCCCAAAUUGAAGUUGGAAGAAGGAGAAGAAGUGAUGGAGCUUGAUGAAGAGACCCGGGCGGCGGUCAGAAUGAGUUUGUAUGGGACACCAUCAACACAAUCUAGCAUGAAAGAGCUGAGCCCGAAUGUGACGGCAUGGAGAAAAGGUGAUCGGCCAUCAGGGUCCCGCAAGAAGCGGAGGCCAAGUUAUUGGGACGGCGACUUGACGGAAAUAGUGAGAAGCCCUGCGGCACGGCGUAUGGUCAAUUCAUCAGUCACCAAAGAAGUCGAUUUGAGAUCGCAAGCAGCCGAGGUGGAAUAUGAGGAGGUGGUGUUCAACGAAGGGUCAGUGCAAAGCGAGGAUGAGCUGGAAGGUGUUUCCCGAACUGCGGAAGAACCAAUAUUGAACGGAGAGGAUGUACAGAUGGAGUAUUGA